AUGCUUCGGCGUGGCAAGCAGCCACGCUUUGGAGGCAGUCGCCUGGCGAUGCUGGAGGAAGCAAUGGCCACGCCAAGCUCUCACUACAGGACUCAAGCUGAGCUCCGCCAACAGAUCGAGGCCUGGAAGGAGACCGACCGCAGCAACUUCGAUGCUGAUCGUUACUACGACUCUUGGCGUGCAGCGGGCUACACGGAGCACAAUCGCGGCUCGCAGGAGACGUUGGCUCGACGUGCGUUGCAGCUGUGCUCCAUUCACACGGGAGAGCCACCUGUGGACCACACCAAGGAGUGUCUGCUGGCCGUAGAUCUGGGCUGCGGAAGCGGACUUUCAACUGCGGUGGCCUGUCGAGUACGAGCCGACACCCUGGGAACCAUCGGUGUUGACUUGUCCUGGGAAAUGCUCAGAUCUCCGGAGUGGGAGGAGGUGUCAUCCUCGCCUUCGCCUUUGUCGGGCGAACGCCUCCGCUGCGAUCUUGCUCAACCUUUGCCAUUUCGAGCUGGCGUCUUCGACCUGUGCUACAGCGUGUCCGCGGUGCAUUAUUUGGCGCAGGGCUCCGCAACCAGGACUGCAGAGCAGCGCAUUAGUGCGCUGACGAAAAGCCUGCGGGACGUGCUGUGUGCCGGCUCAAGGCCCUGUGCCCUCCAAGCCUACCUUACGCGGGACUCCAAUGCUUUGCAGCUGUUCCGCGACGUGGCUGAACAGGAUGGCUGGGCGCUUUGCGACCUC